AUGAAACACCUCAUACUUUUUAUUUUAGUAACUACAUACUUUAGGCUACACGAAGCCUGCGAGAAUAAUCGUGUUGAACUUCAUAACGAACUCGGUCCAGGUAGAACUCUUGAGUUCCAUUGUUCUUCCGUACACGAUUUACGCGAUGAUUUAGGCGUCAAGAACUUAAACUUCAAUGCUCCUCCAUUUGUCAUCGAGUUCCAUGACAAUGUGGUUUAUAGAACAAUAUGGAAUUGUUUGUUAAGGCAAGGAGUUAACAAGGAAUAUUUUUAUAAUAUUGAAGCAUACAAAGCACCAAAAAAUUUUAUCCCUAGAUGUGGCCAACUACGUGUAUGGACGGCCAAACUUGAUGGGAUAUACUUUUCAAAAAACGUUGGUAUACCACCCGUUUUAGCACUACGCUGGAAUAAAGCAUAA